AUUGGCACUAUUGGAUCGGAAUUUUUUUUCCACCGAAAAUGGUUCGAUCAGAAAUUGAACACAAUGGUCACUUUUGAGUUUUGAGCUAUGCAUGUACUGAUUUACUGCUUUUAUUUACGGUGUACUGCAUUCCAAACCUGACUGUUCGUAUUCGAGUUGUGUGGCCUGUUUGGAACAAAGGAUAAAAGGAAGAAGUUGAAGGGUGAUGGGAGUGUAAAAUAGAUUUCAGAAAUUUGAAAAUUAUAUGCCAAUAACAAGAAUUUUGGAAUCCAGAGACAUAUAUCCAUAUAUUCUGAUUUCACAGUAGAAUUUGGACAAGCCGUCCUACUAAAGUAGAAUUAUAGGUUCUCCUCACAACCAAGAACCGAAAAUCGAGAAACUUCAAGGAUCUAAAUCCUAUGGAAAAAAUCUAUGAUUAAGAUUCUGUUUGGAUCCAUAGGCUAAAUUUUAGCCCUCUUAUUUGGAUACCUAAUUAGCCGCAAAUGAUCCAUUGAGAUUCUCUCACUUUUGAAUUUGAAUUCUUUCUUUUUUGAAAGAUUAGUAAGAUGUUGCCUUGUCAUUUAAGUAAGAAGCAAGUUCGGAAUUGUAUAGUUUUUAUAAUACAUAAAUAACCACAGAAUUCAAACUCUUACAAUAACACAUAUUUUUUGAACUCUUGUGUAUUUUAUUUUACACUUAAUUAAAAAGUGCCAUUCAUGUGGUUCCGUGGUGUUUUUGUGAUAUGCUCUCUCUCUCUCUCUCACUCGAACCAUAGUUCCAUUUAGCGAGUACAACUAACUUGAUCAAACGCUGGAAUACCAAAAUAUCCCCAUAAGAUUCGCCUCCCCGUGGUCAUGUGUCUCCUAUAAAUGACCUGAGCUGCAGUUCCGCUUCUGCUACCCAAAGGUUCAGAGUUCAGUGUCCAGGCUCCACGCGACUCCACUAGUCCACCGAAAGGUGUCGGCUACCCAAAGAAGAACAAGGUCUCGGCUCUUCCCCCUUGGCCAUGUCUGAGCAGAGGAGGGUUUCCACGCCGGAGAGCGGCCACGGCGGCAAGAGGCCAAGGGAGCAGGCCACGCCCGGCGGCGGGAUCAAGCAGGAGCGGCGAGGGCAAGAGCAAGUGGAGGCGAGCCAGGGCGGCGAGGGAGUGGGAGCAGUGGUGACCGUGCAAACCAUGGAGGAGCUGGAGAUGAACAUCAGGAUCCCCGUCGCACGUCUCCACUGCCACGCCUGCCUCCUCCCCUUCAAGCCCCCCACCUUCAAGUGCGAGGCCGGGCACGUCGUGUGUUCCACCUGCCGCGACGGCCACGGGCAGGCCUGCGCCCACGCCACCAUCUACACCUCCUGCGUCGAGCUUGAUGACAUCGUGCGCGACGCCAAGGUGCCCUGCGCCUACUCGGAGUACGGGUGCACGAGCUGGGUCGUCUAUCACGAGGUGGCGGACCACCACCGGUCCUGCCGCUGCGGGCCCUGCUUCUGCCCGGGCAGCGACUGCGAGCUCUUCACCUCGCCGGCGAGGCUGGCCGAGCACCUGGGCACCCACCAUGCCUGGCCCGUCACCAAGAUCGCCUACGGGAAGCCGAGCAAGCUCGCCGUCCCGGGGCCGCAGGGCGGGCAGGUCCUGGUGGGCGAGACCGACGGGUGCGUGUUCCUGGUGUCCGCGUUCGCGUUCGGCGGGGCCACGGCCGUAUCGCUGGUGUGCGUGAGGAUGAGCGGCGACGCGGCCGCGGGGGUGCCCCAGUUCCGCUGCAAGCUCUGGGUGGAGGUCGACAGCAACAAGGAGAACCUGGUGCUGGUCACGUCCAUGGUGGCCAGCAGCGACCUGUCCGGCGGGUUCGUGGCGGCCAACCAGGGCAUGUUCCUGGCGGUGCCGCCGGAGCUGCUGCACGACAGCUCCGGCGAGGCGCCAAUCCUCAGUGUCCGCAUCGACAGGGUCACCGCAGCUGCUGCCGCUGCCGCUGCCGCUGCCAGGCUACCAAGCUAAUUGGAGAAGUGCUGCUGCUGUAGAGAUAGUAUGAUCCACUGAAUGGAUCCAUGGAGAAGAUUAAUAAGGCACUCUGAAAUGGUAAGAAUCCCUUAUUGUUUAAAUAAAUGUGCUGCUUCCGACUUGGGUUGUUUCAUUUACUAACCACAGUAAAAUGGUACAUACGAAUAUAAUAUUCAUGCUUAUGACUGCCAUUCUGAACUCUUAACCUAUUGGUUACUGCCAAUGUAUGGUUUCCAUGAAGAAAAAACAUGCAGCUGAGAUUUGAUGCUCCUAUUAAAUGUUUUUGUUCUAAAUUUCAUACUGCCAAUCUAUUUUGCUUUUGUUUUGCCAAGAAGUGCUGGCAGAGAGAUCACAUAUUGUUAUGUGCUAUCGUUGCCUGUGUACAUUUUGGACGUCAAGUUUGAGCUUUAACAAUUAGAACUUUUCAUUGCUGGUCAGAGCGAUGUAGUAUUAACAGGGGUACCUAUUGUUCUUGGACUAUUAGGAGGCAUUGUACUAUUCCCUUUGUGCUUUUAACUGCUACUUAGUAUGGAUUUGUUCCAAAAAUCAUCUCAUAGCCUACACCUGAACUGUUGCUCUUUAGAGUUUGAGGUUUAGGGCUUCAAGCAUAUUGUAGCUAGAAAAAUAUGACAAUAAGUGACCUGCAAAUCAACGUUGAAGGUAAUUUUUCUCUGUAGUGUUUGAGCAAACAAGGAUUCAACUUUAGGAUGCAAGUUGUAGUAGGCUGGAUAUUUACUCUCUUCAUGGUGUUCAGCAUUCAGCUUUAGCCUAAAUGGGCUCUGAUUUCUGAGGAUUUGGUUGCUCUUAUGGCUGGUGUACCAAAUGUGCGACCCAACGAAUUUGAUUAUUUUCAUUUCGAGACUACCGAAGAUGGCAUGGUGGCCUAUACUAUCUCUUAAGAAAGCAGUUAUCGCGGCUAUGUAUGAUUUGGGCACGACACCAGAUAGCCAUGUUAUUGUCACUUAACUAGCAAUGCACGGUUGGUGACCCCAUCUUUUGCAAACAAAUGCAAGAUCUGUGCCAUCAUUUGCUUGCUCAUUGAAUUCAGCGUAUAAGAGGAAAGGUUCCAAACAAAUGCUGAACCACCCUGUGGACUGCAGGACAUGAAAUUCAAAGAGCCCCUCAAAUGUUAAGUUUGAGAAGUGCACCGAAAUUCAGGGGAACAGAAAUUUUCAGUUUUUUUUUGGUGAAAACACUGGAGGGAUCAAAACACUGACUGGUAAUUUUGCAUUUUACUGCUCUGCCCUCUGCUCAGCAUCAGCCUCAAUCGAAACCAAUCACGCCCUUCAGCAAUCAGCAUUUGCCCGUCACCAGCACACCACAUGACUCCUCAAUGUAGUACAUUUUUCUGUGUGGUGAAGCACUAGGUAGAUGGUGGUAGUCUUUGCUGGAUCAGAUCGAAGAACAAUGUGGCCAUGGCCGUGUACUCCAUUGUAGACCGUGAUGUAGAAUGUACUACUCCACAGUUCUGCUUUUUGCUUGUAACUCUUAACAAGAUAAUGGUACUUGUACUCUCUAGCUAAUAUUAAUCAGCAUCCCAUCUCUGUAUUCUACAUCUAAGCAUCCGUUUGUAAGCUGUGGACUUGAUAUGAUCAUGUAGUU